AUGGGGCUUCUGAUAUCAGGUACACCACUUUCUUGGGAAGAAACCCAGCAACAAGCAGAUUAUGUACGGAAACAGGGUAUUGAGCAAUUUCUUCAUAUAUGGAAAGAAGCAAAAAAAAAGAAAAAAAAACAACUACUUUGGGGAGAUGAAAUAGAAUAUAUGUUGAUCUCUUAUGAUGACAAAAACAAGAUUGCGUCUUUAUCCCUUCAACAAGAUAAUAUUCUUAAAAGUAUUGAAAAUUAUAAAGAAGCUAAUAAAGAUUCAGAAUUUCUGGAUGAUAGAAAAACAAAAUAUGAUAUUUUUCCAUCUUUUCAUUCAGAAUAUGGAAAUUACAUGAUUGAAGGAAUUCCAGGUAUUCCUUAUGGCGAAGAGAUUGAAGCAUUAUUAGAUAUCGAGGAAAAUAUGAAAAAUAGACGAGUUAUAAUUAAAAAAUAUAUUAAACCAAAUGAGAUUAUUUUGACACUUACAUCUUUCCCUAGACUAGGAGCACCAGGUGUAUUUACGGAUCCAUAUCAUCCCCCAAAGGGCCGUAUAUCAUGUAGUUUGUUUUUGCCAGAUGAAAUUAUCAGUCCACAUAUUCGAUUCCUUACAUUAACUAAAAAUAUUCGGUUACGCCGAGGCAAAAAAGUAGUUAUCAAUGUACCUAUCUUUAUUGAUGAGAACACUCCUCUGCCUUUUAUUGACGAAGCAGCUUCCCUUUUAAAUACGACUUGUCCUGAGUCAGUAGAAUCAUUACAUGAAAUUAUAAAACCGAAUCAUAUAUAUAUGGAUAGCAUGUGCUUUGGUAUGGGAUGCUGUUGCUUACAAGUUACUUUCCAAACAACAGAUAUUUCACAAGCAAAAAUUCUCUAUGAUCAAUUAAUCCCUAUGGGGCCUAUUAUGCUAUCAUUAACGGCGGCGUCACCUGCUUAUAAAGGCUAUUUAUCUGACCAAGAUUGUCGUUGGAAUGUUAUUUCAAGAUGCGUUGAUGACCGAACGGCUGAAGAAAUGGGAGAAGAGCCCUUAAAAAAUCAUAAAUUUGUUAUUUCUAAAAGUAGAUAUGAUUCUGUCGAUUGCUAUAUUGCUAAUGACACAAAAAAUCAUCCAAAAUAUAAUGACACAAAGCUUAUUGUAGAUGAAGAGAUAAAAGAAAAAUUAAUAAGCAACGGCGUAGAUGAGCUUUUAGCAAAUCAUAUUUCUCAUCUUUUUAUUCGGGAUCCUUUGAUUAUUUUUUCAAAUAUGCUUAUUCAAAAUAAAGAAGAAUCAGGGCAUUUUGAAAAUAUCCAAUCUACUAAUUGGCAAGCAUUACGAUUUAAACCACCACCUCCAGGGACUGAUAUUGGUUGGCGUGUAGAAUUUCGUACUAUGGAAAUUCAGCUUUCAGAUUUUGAGAAUGCAGCAUAUUCUAUUUUUAUUAACCUUUUGACUCGUAUAAUCUUAUUUUAUGACCUAAAUUUCUAUAUUCCAAUAUCUAAAGUAGAUGAAAAUAUGAACACUGCUCAUCACAGAUCAUCUGUAUUAACAGAAAAAUUCUGGUUCCGAAAAAAUAUAUUUUCAGUUAAUUCAUGUUUUGUAAAACAAAAAUCUUCAUUAAAAAAUGAACAACUUAACAAAACAUCCAAAAACAUUACAAUGCUUCAGGUUAACGACGAAUAUGAUGAAUAUGAAAAAAUGACAAUCCAUGAAAUCAUUAAUGGUCAAGGCAAUAUUCAUAAUGGGUUUCCAGGACUUAUUCCACUAAUUCAAGACUAUUUUGAUUCUAUUAAUCUUUCUCAGAAGAUAAGACAGGUUCUUGAAAAAUACUUGGAACUUAUAAAAAAAAGAGCAAGCGGGGAAUGGCAAACAACUGCAUCCUGGAUUCGUUCAUUCGUAAGAAACCAUCCUGCAUAUAGAAAAGAUAGCGUAAUUUCUCAAGAAAUUAAUUACGAUCUCAUUAAAAAAGCUGAAAAAAUAUCAAACGAGUUUGGUAAAAAUCAAAAAUUAACCAACUACUUUUUAGGCAUAACAUAA